UAAUAAGUGGUUCUCAAAAGCGCAGAUACCCAAAUGUAUUUUUGAUUACCCGCUGGUUUUUGGGUUUUUUUUUUUCAGUUUCUGCUGUUGGAGCAUCUUCGUAAUUUUCCCUUUCCCUAUAAAAUGACCGACACGAACGAAAAAGCUGCUACCGCAAUAGAACAAACCGCUGCUGAUGCUACUUCGGAUGGCGACACUGCUGGUAAAGAAAUGAAAGCUGCCGAUCCCAAUGAUAUCAUGUCUUUCCUCGACGAAAUUUCAAAGUACCCUACUGGAGAAGAAGAAACAUCAGCAACCAUCAGUAAGGAGAGAAAUAAUAAAGAUGAGACACAUAAAUCCGAAAUAUCUGCAAUAGCGCCUCAGCAGCAGCAGCAGCAAAACAAUACCAACGGCAGCGGUGGUGGCUGGCGAUCUUGGGGAAGUAGUAUCUGGAGCCAAGCAAGUGCUGCUGUGAAACAAACCACAGACCAAUUGAAUCGGUCAGUUGCAAGUUCAGAAUUAUUGGAAAGUCGUGUUAAACAAAUACAAAACUUGGUCAACAAGGAGAAUAUCGAAAAAUUAGGAACUGGCAUAAAACAACUCACAGUAACUCUACUAGAGACUGUGGCGCCACCCAUUGCCGAGCACGAAAUUGUGGAAGUAUGGUUAAGCUAUGAUAUGGUCGGUUAUACUGGAUUAGAAGCCUUGGUGUACCGUUCGUUUGCCCGAGUAAUGGAACACACAGAGUCAGGGCAGGUCGUUGUACAUAAUCCCAAUAUUGAUGAACACAAUGUUAAGCAAGAUGAUACGAGCUAUCGUGAAUUAAACAUGUGUGAUAGUAUGUUGGAUGGUAUUAAAUUAGCUAAAGCAAAUAUAGACCACCUGAUCAGUAAGCACUUCAAAAUGCCUUCGACUAAUGAUGCUCAAUCAUCUAGCAUCGCCGACGCCGACGCCACUUCUACUACAUAUACUCCACAAUCAGGCGCUGUACCAGUAAUUCACUGUCCUGUUUUUAUGGCCAUUCAGCCUGUAAAAUUAUCACUUUUCUGCACCAGCUCGACACAAGAAGGAGAAGAAAGGAACCAACAUACCAAUGAUGACCAGUUUGUAUUCGUAAUAUUGAUCAAAGAUCCUACACAUCAAUUAGACUUCAAAACGUAUUCUCAAUCUAUGCCUAUGUCCUGGCUUGAUAUACCUUAUGAGGAAAAUGAAUGGGUUGAAGAUAAAAUGGUGGAGAUUUUGCGUAUGGCAGUAACGACAAUUGCUCAAGACUAUGUGUAUUUGCGUAUGUCAGGUAAUGGCACGCCUUCCGCUACAACUAUGAACAAUGUAUCUUCAUCGACACCGGAACCACUCAGUCGGAAAGAGACAGUAGACGUGAAAAAAGACAGCAGAGAAAUAGAGGAAGAUAUACAAGAUAUCUAAUAUAAACCUAUAAUUGGCUUAUUACAUCUGUUGGAACCUCCAUUUCCUUUCUUAAUUACUUCAAAUUCUGUAAUUAUAUACUACAAUUUCAUUAUUCCACUUAAAAGAGCUGCAUGGAUCAGUCUCCUUUAUUUCAGCUUUUUGAUAAACUUCUGCAUUUUUUGUACCAACAGAUCAUAUCUGUAUUUUCUAUCCAAUGCUUCCUUUACAAAUCAAACUCGUCGUCGGAAUCGUCAUAGUGUCUACGAUUAUACUAUUUAUAGAGAACAAGAGAAUAUUCAAUACAGGCACAGCCUGGAAAGAUUGGAUAAAGAAAUACAUACCACAAUACGUGUUUGCGUAGAAGUUGUUUCCUGUUGAUUGAUUUGCCCCAAAAGAUCAAUCAAUUGCUGCUCAGUUACCUUGCCUCUCAAUUGAUUGGUUUGAGCCAUACGAAUUAACAAAUCUUCAACAGCACGAGCUUUAUCAGCUUUAACCAUUUGAAUGCGCCCCA